GGGCGGGAGAAGCCAUUGAGGGAGCGAAAGAGAGAACGAUCACGGAGUUUAUCACCGCCCGUUCCGGGGGGCGGGGUUAGUGUGACGUCACGGCACCGCUGAUUGCGUCACGGUGACGUCAUACCGCAGGAGGAGCGCGGGCACAAAACAUGGCAGAGUGGCCAGGGCUGCAGACCUUGGCCCGCCAAGGAAAGUUGAAUCUUCUGGAGGUUGCACUGAAGGAUGGAGCUGCCAUCAACCGACGCUGUGACCGUUCUGGGGACACACUGCUGCACGUGGCUGCUCGCCACGGCCACCUCCACCUUCUGGUGCUGCUGCUGGAGACACUGGGCAUGGAUGUGGAGGUGGCCAAUGGGGACUACAAGAGACCCCUCCACGAAGCAGCCUCCAUGGGACACAGGGAGUGUGUCUCUUACCUCUUGGCCAAGGGAGCCAGCGUGGAUUGUCUGAAAAGGGCUGAUUGGACUCCCCUAAUGAUGGCUUGCACCAGGCAGAACCUGGAGGUGAUCAAAGAGCUUGUGGAGCACGGAGCCAACCCACUGCUGAAGAAUAAGGAUGGUUGGAACUGCUUCCACAUUGCAAGCAGGGAGGGCCAUCUCCAGGUCCUCCAGUACCUGCUGGCUGUGUCCCCAAGCAGCUGGGACACAGAGAGUACCAUCAGGAGAACACCACUGCACACAGCAGCAAUGCACGGCUGUUUUGAUGCUGUGGAGCUGCUCCUGGAGCGGUGCCAGUACAAACCUGACAGCAGGGACAAUUGUGGAGUCACACCCUUUAUGGAUGCUAUCCAGAAUGGGCAUGUCAACAUUGCACGACUGCUCCUGGAAAAACACCAGGCUUGUCCCACAGCUGUGGAUGCUCUGGGUGCUCAGCCUCUGCAUCGGGCAGCAGUCACAGCACAGGAUGGAGCCAUCCAAUUCCUUGUCUCUGAGCUGGGUGUCGAUGUCAAUGGGAGAGCAACAGCUCUACAGCUGACAGCACUGCACUACGCAGCCAAGGAAGGACACACGUGCACCAUUCAGAUGCUGCUGUCCCUGGGUGCUAAUAUCCAUGCAAAGGAUGGGAAGAACCGUUCUGCCCUGCAUGCAGCAUGUGCUGGGCAGCAUGCAGCUGCUGCACAGAUCCUGCUCAGCACAGGGCUGCAGGACAGCGAGGACAGCACGGGCACAUUGGCACAGCAGCUUGCAAGGAAACCAGAUGUCAUCCAGGUUUUCCAAAAAACGAGUGUCAACUCAUGAGACCAGCUGGGAAAAAGAGAAACCCACUUCGUUUUGGCUUGGGCUGAGCUACACCUCUUCCUGUGCAGCAGCAAAUGCAUCCCAAUAGCUCCACCUUCCCAAAGGAAAACCAUCAAAGGAAGGUGUCUCACGGGCUGCUGCUAGAUGAUCUCUGCAGGGCUUGAACCCAUUGGAGACUGCACAGCUCUCAGUACAGCCAGACAUCCUGAAGGAGAAGAAACCUGCAUCAUUUUUACAGCCCUUAAUGUAGCUGCUCUCCACAAAUCUGUUAAGUUGCUGUGUUUAAAAGCUUCUGAGAGAACGUGGUGCAGCAAAACUGAGCUCUGAGUGCCUCCCUUCGUCAGGGCUAAGCUGCUGUGUAGAUGAGUGCAGGGAGACUGCAAGCUGCAUCAGCCUCAUACGUGGCCUAAGCCUCAUCCCAAAGCCUGCUGACAUCAAUAGAAAGACCUAAGCCUUGUGGGGGUCAGAGUGAAAAAGACUUAUUAGUUAUUCCAGAUGUGCCAAGCAAGGCUUCCUCACCAGCACUGAAAAAAACUGCUCCUUGAAUUCCGAGGGGCAGUGGCUUAAUAUAUAAUGUAGCCAGUAAGUCUGGAAUACACAUAAAGGUAAGAGCUAUUGGAGCUGUUCAGUUUCUUUGUAUCUAUAUGGAAUAAGAAGCUUCCUCUUGCAUGGAAACCUACCACAGUCCUACCUGCAAUGUCAAGUUGUAGCAAACAAUGCUAUUCCCCAGUUUAAGUGACAGCAGAUGGUAAAAAGAUGAGGCCUAUAAGCAGGCUGGGUUUUGCUCUGCCCCAAGCCCUGUUGCUCACAUCGUGGCUUGACACUCAGCUCAUGUUUUCCCAGGAGGAUUUAAGAUGAUGCUGAGCUCUGUUUGAGCGAGAAAAUCCCCACUCUGCAUUCCCUGGAACAGAAUUUGCUGUGAUGAUACUGAGCUGGAUAACAGCACUGUGCUCCUUUGGGGACUUUUAAAUUAGAGCACAAAUUGGGGUGAUUUUAAGGACCAGAAUGGACCUUCUGUUAGCAGUGGUUUUUAACCACACCUUUCUUUCUCCAUCUGUGACAUGAAGGAGAUUCUUCGCCACCGAGGAGGAUAAGAAAUGAGUGCUGGGAGGUUCUAACAGUGCAAUGGAAGCUGUGCCAGCCCCUUACCAAGUGGAUUUAUUCCUCUAAAGAUCCUGAAUGCUUCUAGAAAUCUGCCCUUCAUAAAGCAAAUAGUAAUUCUGCAGCCUAUUACUGCUUCGUUCCCAUUUUCCAUGAUGUUAGCAAGCCAUGAAAUAGCUAUUUUCCCCUAAUAUUCCUCCUCAAGCUCAGCUUGCUUGUGAAUCUGAGCUUUUAUGAGAAAGCAAAUGAGAAUUUUUUCAUGUGCCUUUCAUAGCUCUCAGGGCCGUGGCAAACACCUGGAAAUUAGAAAAAGGAAC